GCUGUUCUUCGUUGAAUCCCGGGUCGAGCUCGGAGCAGCAGCCCAGCAAUGGUUAACACCGCUAACAAUAAUACUCUUGGGGUCGACAACACCUUCAGGAGGAAGUUCGAUCGCGAGGAGUAUCUAGAACGAGCACGUGAACGUGAGAACGAGGAAGCAGAGUCGCGGCAUAAGUCAAAAGCGAAAGGUCCGCCGGUGCAGAGGAAGCCCUUGAAGCAUAGGGACUAUGAAGUGGACCUUGAGUCUCGAUUGGGGAAGACCCAGGUGGUUACUCCCAUUGCACCUCUAAGCCAGCAGGCUGGAUACUACUGCUCAGUUUGUGAGUGUGUAGUGAAGGAUUCAGCAAACUACUUGGACCACAUCAAUGGGAAAAAACAUCAAAGGGCCCUUGGUAUGUCUAUGCGGGUAGAAAGAGCAUCUCUGCAACAGGUUCAGGAGCGAUUUGAAAUUCUGAAGAAGCGGAAACCUCCUGGUACCUUUACCGAGCAAGAUCUUGAUGAGCGAAUCUUGAAACAGCAGCAAGAAGAGGAAGAAUGGAAGCGCCUGCGUCGAGAAAGGAAAAAAGAGAAGAAGAAAGAGAAGGCUGCAGAAGAGGCGAUAGAAGUAGAUCCCGACGUUGCAGCUAUGAUGGGGUUUGGUGGGUUUGGUUCGUCAAAGAAAUCGUAAUCUCCCUUUUGGCGAGGAAGCAGUUCUGGGGAUCUCCCUUAACAUGCAGUUGAAUACCCAAUCCGAGUUUUUUCAUCACUAGAUAGUCAAUGUGUGACAUUCUUGUAGCUUCAGCUUGAUCAGUACUUUUGUGUUGAUAGUUGAUAAGAAAAACUGCGACUCUCUACACGUCUCAAACAUUUGUUACCGGCAGGGUUGCGGUUUUUGACAUUUUUAUCAACAUUUAGCUGUUAAUAUAAAAGGGAGAUCUAUUCAUUCGGCUUUUCA